ACCCCAACUCAUCGUUUCUCCCAAUUCAGAACCAAACUUCAGAAAGCAUUACUCGAUCUUGCCUUAGCGUAACGUUCGUUGUUUACCAAAAAACAAAAGGAAUUCUCCAUGGCGCCAAAAGCAGAGAAAAAGCCAGCCGAGAAGAAACCAGUUGAAAAGCCAACGGAGGAGAAAAAGACCACCGUCGGCGAGAAAACUCCAGCAGAGAAGAAGCCAAAGGCCGGCAAGAAGCUUCCGAAGGAAGGCGCAGCCGCUGGAGACAAGAAGAAGAAGCGGGCCAAGAAGAGCGUGGAGACCUACAAGAUCUACAUCUUUAAGGUCCUGAAGCAAGUCCACCCAGAUAUCGGGAUCUCAAGCAAGGCUAUGGGAAUCAUGAACAGUUUCAUCAACGAUAUCUUCGAGAAGCUUGCUCAAGAAGCUUCUAGACUCGCAAGGUAUAACAAGAAGCCCACGAUUACUUCCAGGGAAAUCCAGACUGCUGUUAGACUUGUACUACCUGGAGAGCUUGCCAAACACGCCGUCUCUGAAGGCACUAAGGCGGUGACGAAGUUUACUAGCUCUUGAAUUAGGGUGUGAAAAAGUCGGGGUUUCCGUAUUUGUGGGGAUUUUGUGAAUUUGAUGGAAUUUGGGAUGCUAGGUUGAGGGUUUAUGGUAGUUUUAGUUGAAGUUUCCUUUUUUUUUUUUUGGUUUCUUUUUCUUUUGCUGGUUAAUGUAACUUUGAUGAAUGUAAGUAAGUACAUGGUACUGUUGGAUUUAAAAUGGCUGGAAUGAAAAUGCUUUUCUUUUUGUUCUA